GUGUACCUGAAAUGCCAGGGCCUAUUUUAAUUCUCAGUCCGGACCUGCAGUUCAGCCUCCUUGAGUAAUAAUUUUGCUUUUACUUGCCCACCUGAGCACCGGUGAAUGAUUGUGACUGGCAAGGCAAGUGGCCUGUUGACUCCUGUGGGGCUGUUUAUUUGUAUUAUUGUAUCAUUAUUGUAUCAUUGUCUAGUAUCAUUUUCCAGUUACAGAUUAGUGUGAGAAAUAAAACUGUGCCUUUCACCUCCAUCCUCAUUACUAAGGGGCCCAUAUACCAACAAAAGAAUUUAGAUUUCCACAAAUCUCAAAAAAUGUGUGGUUUUCCCACACAAAUUCGAGAUUUAUUAAGUGUAAAAAAACACAAAAACCUGUAAUACAAAUCUUUGCCAGGUAAUAGUUGUCAACGUCCUACAGAAUUGUUGUACUAUUGUAUUCGGAUCUUUUAAUAAAUGUCGUCGUUUUUGAGUUUAGUUGUGGUUUUAAAAACCUCUAAAACCACUAAAACCUUACCUUUGAUAAAUAGGCCUCCAAUUGUGUUUUAUCCAAGUGGGAAGAGGUGGUUUGGAUUAAGGAUAAUAAAAUGAAUGGGUGCCUUGAUGUUGCUCUGGUCAGACAUCUGCUUAGUGUCUAUUUUUUUUUUUUGCUAUUUUUUUUAAAGAUUACAUUACAUAUUUCUAUAGCUUUUCUGUAUAUCUUUUUUAAAACAAGAUGUGUGUACAGGCUUCAUACUGUCUUGCUUAUUUGGUGUAUUGUGAAAUGUGCAGGCAUGAGGCAGUGUCAGGGAACAGCUUGAAGAACAGCUGAGCUUUGCUUCACUGGUUCAUGUCUUUAUGAUGUCUCUUAUCUUCCAGGAUUCACCUGAUCAAUCUUGUGCUUUCUUUAAUCUCCCUGCUCUUGUUUCUGUCUGGCUCAAGCUGGUGCAAACCCCAUCAUUUAUUCUCUAGGGUCAUGGCUUGUUUCCUUUUCAGAAUUUAUGAGAUUCUGCAGUGACUUCAAUGCCAUUUACCAAGUCUUAGAAUGUUCCUCUUUUAAUCCUAUACCUCUCCCUUUUGGCAAUUCUAAUUGAAAAACACAAUACAGAUAAAAUAUAUGACACACGACAAUAUAGCUGUUGUGUUUAAUAAUGUACUGAUUAAUGCUCAAAUGUAAUUUUUAAUAAAACAAAAAAUGUAAUUCUGCUUCCUUCUGCCGACAUGGAGGUAUAUGAGUAGGAAUGGAAGGAUUUUCAACCCAAAUCUGCUCAUUGACUUGUGCCAUGUCAGGUACAGCUUUUCUACCUGAGUUAACAGAAACAGUAGGAGAAAAAUCUUUUCAGUAAAUACCACUGUCAAAUGUUAGUCACUCCUAGUUAUUAAAAUUGUUUACCUGAUAUGCAGGGCUUAUGCUCCUGUUAGCAGAAAACUGCACUGGCCCAGGGUAUUUCUGUAGAAGCAGAUCUUUCUUAAUCGUCUUCCUCUUUUUAUUUUCUUUCCUCCAUGUAUGGGCAGGCACAUGCACAGCAUUUAGCUUUUUCUCUAAAUUCAGCUUUCACUCCACUGUGCAUAAGCCUGCCUGGACCUGAACGAAGAGAAGACGGAAGAAUUCCGAAGAAGAUGUAUGUGGACCAGGGCCGGAACUAAGGCUGGUCGGUGGAGGAGUCUCUUUUCUACUCCUGUAUCCAAGUCAUUCCCUUAUAGUCCUGUUGCGAGACUCACUCCAUAUUGCAACACUCCCAGCGUCCUUAAAAACACAACAAAAGCAAUACUAACACCUGAGAAAACAGGUUACAACUUAAAGACUUCUCAGCUGAGCCGCCAGUCUUCAGUAGACAGUGAACUGAGCGCAACUGAACCAGAAGAUGAUUCCAUCUCCAUGGGAUACAAACUGCAAGAUCUCACAGAUGUUCAGAUCAUGGCUAGAUUACAGGAAGAAAGCCUAAGGCAAGACAUUGCAACUACCUCUACCUGCAGUUCAGUAUCACGAGCUCGUCCCAGCUUUUCAUUAUAUUCGGGGAAGAAACUGUCAUGCUCUAGUGAUCAGGAUUCCGAUCGCUAUAGUGUAGAAGAUGAUGAUGAAGAUUUUGACCAUUUACCACCACCUCAGCCUCGACUCAGCCGUUGCUCUCCACUCCAGAGAGGCCUUUCCCAUUCUCAAACUUUUUCUAGCAUUAGAGAGUGCAGGAAAAGCCCAAGCUCCCAAUUUGUAAAUGGAUAUCAGCAAUAUAAUUAUUCCCCUCAGCCUCAAACACCAGAGCAGUCACAAAGCAGGACAAAUGCAGAUAAACUCCGCAGAAGUAUGCCUAACUUGGCUCGAAUGCCAUGUACGAAUAAUAGCCCUGUUGUAUCAAUGGCCAGUGUACGCAACAGCCAGAGCUUUGAUUCCAAUCUGCAUGGUGCAGCAAAUGGAGUUUCCAGAAUGCAGUCCAGUAUUCCUUCUCCAGGUCAACUUCAGCAAAGAGUACACAGUUUAGGCCAUUUCCCAGUGUCUGUAAGACCCCCUCUGAAAGCCACUGCCUACGUCAGCCCAACCGUACAAGGUGGAAGUUGCAUUCCUUCAUCAACCAGUUUACAGUCAUUAUCUAGCUCUGGAAUUCCUAUGCCAAACAAGACCGCAAGUGCAGUGACUGUCGGACGCAGUGCUCUUCCAAGGCCGGCUCUAUCCACUGCAAAUGGCAGCAGCAUACCUCGUAGCAAAAUAGCACAGCCACAGAGAAGUUUUCUUCAACCACCGAAAACCUUGUCUUCACUGAGCACGCUGCGGGAUGGAAAUUGGAGGGACGGAUGCUACUGACAAGUGUGACAUGAGACGACCGGUGUACAAAGAAAGCAAUUAAGGGUUAUACAUGUCCCAGCUGGCUGGGGGAGACAUAUAUAACUCUAUGAGAUUUUGUAAUAUAUGUUUUAUGUGAACAAAUUAUCAUAUUGUAGCUCUUACAUGUUUGACGUGAGAUCAUUUCGGAUCAGCUAACUAAACUUCAGUCCUUCCCAUGUGCAAGAGUUCUUCAGGAGAAACCAUUGAGGCUCCUUCUGCACGUAUGCGUUCAUACAUCAUGGUAGAACAUUCACAGCAUAUGCAAAUAAUUUCUACUUUGUUCUGAUUUACACAUUUUUACCGAAUGGAACUUUUUUAAUAAUAACCAACACACUCACGCUAAAAGGGAUUUUUCUACACUAACCUUCUCAGAGCAUUGCAAACUAUGAUAGGCCGCACAUUUUUAUUUUGCUUAUGGUUUGUUUUAUUUAAAGUAAGUACAUAAAGACACACAUUUUGUGAAAUUGAAUACAUCACAAAAUGCUGCUUAAUGACUUGUGCCAUUAAUAUCAAUUUAUUUUAGGCAUUAUUAUCAUUUGGUGUGUCUGGAGAAAUAAUUGGUAUAAUAUCCAUGAAGUCUGUGGGGGUUAUUUAUCAAGCUCCAAAUUUACCUGAGCAACUCUGAAUUUCCGAAUGGACCUUAUUUAUCAUUCAAAAAAAUAGGUUUCGGGCAAACUUCGGACCUUUGCCCGAAAAAUCCGAAGUUUUUCUUUAAAAACCACAAUUUUUUUCUGACUUUUCUGACUUUUUGGCCCAAAAUCCCCGAAAUAAUUGGAUAUCAGUACUGACAGCAGAGCAGACACUGGGACCUUCUCCAUUGACUAAUACAGGACCAUGAGAGCUUUGAGAUGCCCUGUUUUCGAACUCAGGAUUUUCAUACCAUUGGACUUUAAUAAAUCCCAGAAAAUUCAGAUUUUUUUUAAAAGGCCGAAAAAUUCAGAUUUUUUCGGAUAUCGAGUAUUCGGAGCUUAAUAAAUAACCCGCUGUGUGUGUGUUUUUCCUUUUUCUCUCUCUCUCAUUAUUUUUUUCUUGCAAAAGCACAAGGGUAUACAAUAAUGUCACUACAAUUUGUUAACCAUCGUAAAUUGGUCCUCUUUUUUGUGUUUACAUGUUUAUUUAUUUAACUAUUUAAUGAUUUGGAAUCAUCGAAUAUGAACUUUUUGCAGCUGUACUGCACUAUCUUCUAACUACAAGGGGGUUUUGGUUUUUCUAAUUAUUAAAACUGGUUUACUUGCUGUCAAAUUCUGAAACACGAAAAGCUCUUAAAUGGACAGAAAAUUUUUUGAUAGACAUUUUACAAGAUUUAAAUUGCACUAAUGAUUUAAUAUGACAGUGUAUGAUUUCAUAAUUAUGAAAACUGUAUACUACUGUUUUGGAAUGUUUCAGUAAUAAAGAGUAUUUUCAUCA